AUGUUUGCAGCUGAGCAUGUGAGAACUGCCGCAUCCAAAGCAGCUGCGAACACAGGUAGCAACCUGCUUUUUCUGGUGGUGCCCGAAAACUUUGCCGGUCGCCUCAUCGGCAAGAAGGGCGCCAAUGUGCAGGUGGACAAUGCCUGCUCCUUGCUGGUCGCAGAUCUGGCCCGGAUUCAAAAGUUCCAGUUCGCAGGCUGCAAGCUGGGCCUUCGCACAGCCGAAGUGGAGCUGGCAGUGUUGAUCCCGGAGGCGCGGACGCAGUGGAUGAUCUCAGCUCUACAGAGUUGUAUGGUUGAUAUUUCCUGUACAUCCGCAGCAGCGCCUCCAGCUGCGCUGCUCGGCCUGGACACAGUCGCUGGGCUGCUGUCCAAGACCCAGAAGAAUUCUGGCGUCCGAGACUACGCGCGGACGGUGGAUGACUCCAUGCGCCCAGUGGUGACCCUCGAAGCAGUCAGAGAGGCUUGGGCCAUCGGCAAGGCCACACCGCUGUCUCGGGGGCAGAUCAUCGUCAGCUCCCAGGCGGCACCUCUCCGGUCGAUGGGACCAUCAACCACCACGGUGUGCUUCCCUCCAGCACCGGGGGACACCCUGCUGCGAUGGCCAAUGGCGGCCAGACUGGCACAGUUCCAGGGAGCGUAUGCAGAACCCACGGUCGCCCUUUGGGCCGACACGGCAGUGGCAGGGUACGUGGCAGCGACAGACCAAGCCACAGCCGCCAUGGCAAACGCAGUGGCGGCUGCAGGAGGGGACAAUGGUGCCUUUGCUGCUCUCGUGGGGUGGUACAGAGAGCAGGGGUACUACCCAACUGGCGGCGGUACCCAGAGCUUGGGACCUGGGCGUCCACGGAGCUCCAAACCCAUGGCUUUACAUCUGGCGCCGGAGACGCCGAGGUUCCACGCGCCGAGGGUCCGCCGAGGGUUCGCCGAGGGUCCGCCAAGGGGAGGUCCGGGACCUGAAAAGGAAGGCGAAUGGGAACAUGCCGAGGGCGCUGUUGUGGUAGGCGUCGAAGGGAUGCCUACGGGAUGGCGUAGCCCGGGCGAUGGCGAAUACGAACGGUUCAAGCCUGCCCGCUACGACAUCCUUGAAAUCAAUGGCUAUGAUGACAAGGGAGAUCGCCAAGGAACGAUCCUGGUGGGAGUCCUCAAGAGGGCCGAAGAGGUGAAGCAUGGUCGGAGCUUCGAAGGGAUGUACCUUGGGGCCUCUGACGAGUACUAUUGGUACUGGGCCACAGAAGGGGGUGGCGCUUCGCUCUGUGAACGGGCCACCUAUCACCUGUGUGAGGACUCCGUGAGGACCUGCACGCAGUGGCCCAAGCGCGCAACCGUGAUCCAUACGGAUCGCUUCCGACAUGUGGUGUCGUCUGAGGUCAGGGACGGCCGUAUCAGUUGGCUGCGCUCCAAAGAGAUCAGGGACCCGAUCGUCCUGCGGUUGGAACAGUUUGAGGUGCUGGUCCGGGGUCGUGUCUCAGCGGGGGGACCGCUGGGGCCUUAUGGCCGCCCACCAGAGGCCGACGCUGCUGACGAUUCCGAGGACGAGGGGUCCAGUGACAGCGACUCCGCGCAAGUACGGAGCCGCCUGAAAAAGCUCAAGGCAGAGCUUCGGGAUGCUCAGAAGAAGCUCGACAAGAAGUCCAAGACGAAGGGCAAGAAGCGACGAGAAGCUGGGCCUUCACGGGGACGGAGGUCCUCUGGGGAUAAGAAGCCUCGUGACAGGAGGCGCGCUGGGCGUUCACCCUCGCAAGAGGAGAAGAGUAGCCGCGAGCCCAGCAGGACCAAGCGCAAGAAGAAGGAGAAAGCGAUCACUCCUGAAGAGGAAAAACGGCCACUGAAGAAGAGGCGGGAAGAGCGCUCGGGUAGCAGCACAGAAGGUUCACCCGGUGAGUCCGGUGAUGGCGGGCUGUUCCGGAGCGCAAAGCCGGCAAAAGUGGCCGCCAAGAAAGCCGGUGCAGAUCGGGGGCCUUUCGGUGGCGGGCCGCCUUUGCACUACAACAAGGGGGACGAGGACAGCGAUUCUGACUCAGACUCGGGUUUUCGGGACGCCCCUGCGAGGUCCGCGAAUCAGAGCGGUCAACAGCGCUUGACUCGCUACAGCCAGAAAUAUCCAGGACGACUGGCAUCGAGGUUGUUGAUAAAGAUGAGAGAAGCCUCGGCCAGGGACCUCGUGGGGGCGAACAACGAAGACACCGUGACCCCGCCGUUGGCCAGUCACUUUCUGCUGACGGUCCUGAUACCGGCCCUCGGCCAAAAGGCCUCCUUGCGCACUCAGCGCGAACUGAGGACCCUAGGGAAGGGUCUGGAUCUCCUAGCAAGGGGAGAGACGGGCCAAUGCGCAGACUUACUGGGCCAGAGGAUCAAGGCGUUAGACAGGGCGUCCCAGGAGGGGCAGUGGACGAGCGCCCAGUUCCUGGAAUUGUUACCUCCGGACGGAGUGACGUUGUUGGAACGGGACGAGGAGAUGUUCCUACGUCAGGAGUUCCUGCUGGAACGCAAGGCCAAGCUGUACGAGAAGCCCCAGUAUACCCCCCGUCCGCCGAAGGGCGAAGGGAAGGGGGACAAGAGCCAGAAGGGCAAGGGCGGCGGAAAAGAGCCGCGAGCCAAGCCCAUGGCCGCUCGGCCACCUGAGACGUUGGCAAGUGCACUGGAGUUGGUCAUGCAAGAUCAAUGCAAGAUCGGGCUGGCAGUCCACCUGGCGGCCUAUCACCUGCAAAACUCCGGCACAAGCCUGGGGGCGCGCAUGGCAGACGCCCAAGCACAAUGUGGUGAAAGGCGGCAGGGUUCACUCGGGGCGAUGUCGCCAACUGACAUGUAUCCGUUACCUCCUUGGAUGGUGGAUGACUUAUACCCCGAUGAUGAUGAGAAUGUACGAGCAUGGAUCAAGCUGAUGGUGGUGGUGUUAAAUGAGAGCUAUGGAGGGGACCUCCCCGCCCCUCGACUUCGAGGUUACAAUGAAGCGCAGCAUAACUGCGUCAUGGGCCUAAGGGCCGCAGUUCAUGCGCUUGUGAGCGCUGGGAAAUUUCUCACCCCUCUUCCAGAGUUGAGGGUGAAGUUGAAGGAAGGUAGGCUAGACUACGCUGGUGAGCCGAUGUGUCUGAUGGAAGAGCUCAUCGCGGAAAAGGUCCUCCCUUGCUGGCCCAAGCCGGGGGAGGCCGCUGUGCAGAAGGCCGAACACUUUGUGCCAGAGGGAAUGAAGGAGUUGCUGCACCAACCCCGCCUGCUGCUCCUGCCAGAAGAUCAAUGGCCGGACUCCCCGCCUCCUGCAAAAGUGCGGGCCACUCAAGAAGAGUGGGUCAAAAUAUGCAGGGCAGGGGUGGAGCGCAACAUGAUGGUGGGCCUCAGAAUUGAGGAGGUCUUCCACGAUCACCGGGGACGUCCCGUGUUCAACGGAGCCAUGGCGGUUCCAAAGUACAAGAAGGUCGGCGACCGGGAGGUCCGCUUGCAGCGGUUCAUAUCGAACCUGGUGCCGGCCAAUUCCUCAGAAACAUCUGCCAGGUGCUGGACGCAGUUUACGGCAUUUGGGAAGGCUGUUGACUCCUCCACCUUUGGCUAUCCCCCGGGAGAGCUGAUGUAUCCAGCCAUCUCGGUGAUACCAAUGGGGUGGCUGUCAUCGGUGUCGCUCACCCAGGCGAUUGUUCGUCACCUGGUGUUUGAUUUGAGUGGCGUGCCAAAGGCCACGGAAGUCAGAAAAACAGCCGACUUUCCGGCUGGGUCCAAUGUGAGUGUGAUCUAUUUGGACUCCUUUGACGAGUUAAGGAAGGUGAACCGGGGUUGCCGGGCUGUCUUGGAAGGGACCAUGUCCGAUCAUCAUCGGGCGUUUGUGGACACCUGCAGCCGGCUGGGAUUACCUCUCAACGAGGGAAAGCGCGUGGUGGCAGCGACUCAAGGCUCUCUUCAAGGUGGAGAAGUGGAUGGGACCAAAGGUGUCUUCCAGCUGGCGGUGGACAAGCAGGUCCAGCUUAUCGGAUUGUCGCUGACUUUGUUGACGGCAGACACUGUCACUGAGUUCGAGUUGCGGCACUGGAUCGGAAAAGCUAUCUUCGGAAUGAGCUUUCGGAGACCGCUCAUGUCACUCCUGGAGGCGGUAUUCCAGGAUGUUGUGCGGGCGCAGGCGGGGCAGGUGCAUCUCUCGCCGGCGAGCCGUGACGAAAUCACCAUGGUUAUGGCACUGGUCCCGCUGAUGGCCAUGAACCUCCGCACCACCCUGGACGAAGAGGUGACGGUGACGGACGCUUCCCCCACGGGAGGAGGUGGUGCAACGUCCUCGGAGUUCAAAGGAGAGCCUCAGCAGACCCAGCAUGACGGCGCGGCCUGUCAUCAGUGUGGAGGCACCUUCGACCGGGAUGGCCGGUUUCCUUGCCCAGCUGGAUGUGGGGUUGCCUUGUGUGGCCUCAGCUGCAUCUGGAGGCACCGGGCUGGGAGUUGCCGUCGCAAGGCAUAUCAGUGCCCCCGGUUUGGUGAAAGGUUUGCAGGAACAGCAGUCCUCUCCAGGGAGGUGGCGCGCAUUGGGGGGAUCGAGGUGCAGGAGCCCUACGACUUGGAGUACGGGCAUGACUUCUUCAGUCCAGCAGGAAAGGCUGCACUGCAAGCGCUCGAGGAGGAUGAAGGGCUGAGAGCCGAGCACUGGGGGCCAGACUCGAGGUACUUCUCAAAGGCCAGGGGACGCCCUGUCCGCUUGCGCGAUGGUAGCAGUGUCCGUGGGCCCCAAGCGGUCCGUGACUUGAGUCACACCAUGGGACUGCCAUGGUUGAAUGGUGACAUGAAGACGAAGCUCAGAAAGAGCAAUGCCAUGGCCAUGAAGAGUCUGAAGCGUGGAACCAUCUGUCAAGAGAAGGGCAUACUCCACAGUGUUGAACACCCGUGGGAUUCCUGGAUCUGGGAACUGCAGCCUGCGCGCCAGUUAGAGGCUGACAGUCAUACGUAUGCCUGUGGGUCUGCCUGUUGUUUUAACGGGGACCGCGAACGGUGGGUGGCGCUGCUCACGAAUUCACAGGCUCUUGCCUUGGCAGUGCACAAGCCGGAAUGCACAGAUCACGGUCACCUCAAAAGUUACGAGGUGGAGUUGGCAGACGACGGCACCCUGUACUAUCCCUCGGAAGAAGCAGCCGCUUACCCAGUUGCCUGGUGUAAAAGCUUUGCGCAAGGGCUGCGCCAAGACUUCACCGAGCAAGGCUUCUUCGAGCAGAGCUAUGAGAACGGGCGCCUGGCCUGGCUGCAAGAUGAGCUUGGGCAAGCCACGGAGCGCUUACAAGAUCCCGGUCUCUGUGAGCGUGCCAGCCAGGCUCUGUUCCAGCUUGAAGAAGGUAUGCGAAGAGGGCUGGAAAAGGACCACUUGGCGUCCAUGGCCCGGCGCGCCAGCAUACGGGGGGCAGACGUCCGGCUCUUUCUCACGGUGGACGAGACCCCUCAAGAGUUGCCUUACCCGGCUUACCGGUGGUUUUGGAAAGAAAAGCUCUCCUUUGCAUGGCGGAUCUCCGAGCACAUCAAUUAUUUGGAGAUCCGUGCCUUCCUAGCGAUGCUGAAGCGACGGGUGCGUCAAACCCGGCUUCAUGCCACUCGCUAUCUGCAUGUUGUGGAUUCGGCGGUCACCCGGGGUGCCAUUAGCAAGGGGCGCUCCUCUUCGCCUCAAGUGAACAAGCUGCUUCGCAAAGUAUGUGCCUUGUGUUUAGCCUCCGACGUCUACCCCCUGGUUGCCUGGACCAUUAGCCGCUGGAACUUCGCGGAUCUGGCGUCCCGCUUGCAGGGGCGCACAUUGGAGGCAUAUGGCAAGGCACUACAGCAAUUUCUGAGUUACCUGACCCGAGAGCGACUUCGUAUCCGGUCAGUGUCCAAUUUAGAUUCACAUCUCAGUGAAUACAUCAAUAUCCUCUAUCAAGAGGGCGAAGCUUUAUCGGUGGCCGGGCACCUUUUGUCCGCAAUCAAGCGUUUCAUCCCUGAAUUCAAACUUCGGCUGCCUGCGGCAUCACAGUUUCACCGCAAUCCGCAAGUGUUGCGGGUGGAGGAUCCAUUGGUUUUACAACUUCUGCAAAGGUUUCGGCCGGCUGCUGACAGCCCCGCCAUGCUGUGGCCUCUGUCCCUGCGCAAAUUUCAUCGGGGGGCCACGUACUUCUUUCUUACCUGUGGGAACAUCGAUACCACAGUGGCCCGGGGGCGCUGGGCUAAUGCCCGCGUCGCCCGAAUUUACAUCGAUGACGGCGCUCUGGCGCUCGCUGAGAUGCGGUGGACCCAGCCUCAGAAGAAGGCUGUUCGCAAAUGGGCCAAACGGCUCCAUCACUUUUACAGUCCGCUUCGCAAGGUCUUGGCUGAGCAAAUCUCCGCCCGCGCGGAGAUCUCCGAGAUCGCCCUGGCUGCGGCGGAGGCAGAACCUUUGCGAUCCCGUAUGGCAGAAGUUCCGCUCUUGGUGGAAGUUUUGGGCUUCGCAGAGGUCACUGGCCGCCGCUACCGCCGUGUGCGUUUGGUGGGCAAGCCGGGGGGUGUGAGUGAGGCCGCAGGGCUGCAGCCGGGCGAGUUCAGAGUUCGAGCUGCGGCGCUAUCUUCGCUGGAGCGCGGUGGUGAGCUGCGAGCCACCCUGGCAGCUGCUGUUGGAGGAAAGGGAAUAGAUCUGAUGGAUGGGGAGAUUGCGGGGGACUAUGUCUCGACGGAGAACUUCGUGCUGGGUGCCACUCCCCGCUUGUCCGAGUCGGCCGGAGACUACGCCGAGUUGCUGAAUCAGAUCAAAGAGGACUCUGGAGCUGCGACGCGAGUUCACAGCAAAUCUGAUGCUCUUGAUAUCGACUGUAUAGAGAUAGCUGGCAGCUACCUUUCGAAACUGCAUGCCCUGCUGGACCUUUGUGCGUUGCUUUGGCAGCUGCCGCAAGAGGAAGCAGUGGCACCAGGGGCACAGGUGACUUUACACCUGCGAUCCGUGGGCCCGUGCAGUUUCACGGCUGAAGAGGCUUUAAGGGUCGCGCGAAGCAGGUCAGCUACAGCUACAGCAUUGGUCGGUGGAGGAGAUCGAUCAGUGGUGAUCCAGCUUUCGGGCGCGCAGGCGGCAGUGUGUGCAACGGCCAUCUGUCUCUGCCGCGAGAGUGAACGGAAGGCAUGGUUCAACGAGCGCAAGCACGGCCCGCCUGCCUUGCUGGUGGAUUAUCUGUCGAGGUGGUUUGGCCGUGAUGCCGGACGUCUCCUGCGGGAACGGCAGGAUCGUGGUAACCGUGGGACCAAGCGAGGUCAUCACGAUGGUCAUGAGGUGAAGAGGCCAAAGACUGCCGAUCCACCUCUCAGCGUGGAGGGCCCUGUGCUUGGACCCCUGCCUGAAGACAAGGCAGAGAAUCAGGAGACUGGAGAAGCGGCAAUGGUGGAUCCAGAGGCAGCUGAAGCUUCAUCCUCGGAGGAAACAGAGCUCCCAAGCGCCGAGACAUUGCCUUUCUUCGUCGUGUCGCAAGCGUCUUCAGCACACUCUCCAGAUGAAUGCGAGCAAAAAGAGGACAAACCAGAAGCGCCAUCGCCUGCAACAAGUGACGAGGAGGAACCAUCUCCUGUCGAAAUUGCUGCCCCUUUGGCAGAGGUGCUCCAUGGUCCGGCAGAUGACAUCAACAAGGGCGACAUGGUCGAAGCUGCUGAAGCUGUCGACAUGGUCCGGAGCAUGUGA